CCCCAAGUGUUAACUCCUUUUUGUUUGAUCACUAACAUUUUUUUUUCAUCCUUUCAAAAAAUCCCCAUUAUUUCCCUCAAAAAUAAUCUCACUUCCUCCAUUCUCAUUAUUUGUCAACCUUAAAGAAUGGAGUCCCUCAGCCAAUCCUCGCCGCCACAACCACCACAAAACACCCAAGAAACCACCCCAUUAAGAAAAGAACCAACCCAAAAAAUAAGAACCAAAAAAAGUUACAUAAUUUUAUUAGUCUUAAACUAUUUGUUCUUAUUUGUAGGCUCUUUAGCUUCUUCACUUUUAGCCAAAUUUUACUUCAUUCACAAAGGCUCUAGUCGGUGGGUCUCCACAUGGGUCCAAUGUGCCGGUUUUCCCAUCCUUUUAUUCCCUAUUUUUAUACCUUAUUUCUUUAAUUUUACCCAAAGAAAACCAUUUAAAAAAUUUACAAAAAAAUUACUAAUAUUUUCUAUAAUUAUUGGCCUUCUUUUGGGUAUAAACAAUUUAUUAUUUUCAUGGGGUACAUCUUAUUUACCAGUUUCUACAUCAUCUUUGUUAUUAUCUACACAACUUGGGUUUACAUUAAUCUUUACUUGCCUAAUUGUUAAGCAAAAGAUUAAUUUUAAUAACUUAAAUUGUGUCAUUUUAUUGACAUUAAGUUCAAUUUUAUUGGCUAUUAGUUCGAGUCAUGAUCGACCCAAGGAUUUAACCAAGUUCCAUUAUUUUGUUGGCUAUUUUUGUACAAUUGGUGCUGGCUUGCUCUUCUCUCUUUAUCUCCCCAUCAUGGAAAAAAUUUAUAGGGAAGUUUGUUGUUAUGCCAUGGUUGUGGAAAUGCAGCUAAUAAUGGAGAUGGCGGCGACGGUGCUCGCUACCACCGGAAUGGCUUUAGAUGGUGGUUUUCAUGAGAUGAGGAAGGAAAGUAAAGGCAUAUUUGACCUAGGCCCAAGGAUGUAUUUGCUGACGGUGGUGGCUACCGUCAUAUGUUGGCAGUUAUGCUUCAUGGGCACGGCUGGGAUGGUCUUCCUAACCACCUCGCUCACCGGAGGCGUGUGCAACACUGCCCUCCUUGCCUUGAACGUGCUUGGUGGCGUCAUCGUCUAUGGCGACCAUUUUGGUGGUGCAAAGGCCGUGUCCACCGUACUUUGUGCAUGGGGAUUUUGCUCGUACGUGUAUGGAUUGUACGUAAAGAAGAUGGAAAUGGAAAUGGAAAUGGAAAUUGAAAAAGAAAAAGGAGGAAAUCAUGAGAAGAUUAACGAGAUGGAGAUGACUCAAAUUGUGAUGGAUAAAAAUUAAUUAGUGUUUAAUAUUUAAUUAUACCCAAGUUUAGAGCAAAAAUUGUGGUAUUAUAAUUAAGUUAAUAUGUGUGUAAAUUGUGAAAAUUAUUGAAUUAGUGUUUGCUGUACAUGGAAAUAUAAGAAUUAUAUAUGUAGGAGGAUUUUACCAUGACUAGCUCAAUUAUGUUAAUUCUCAUAGUUUAAGAUAUGAAAUAUAUUUUGUUAAUUUUA